AUGCCCCCUUCGUCGGGCGCGCGCAUACUGGACGUCGCUCGAUUUCCCAGAAACUUGGACUGGGCAAAGACGCUUGCGCUACCGCGAUCUCAGUUUCCAGCUCGUCCGACGCCUGCACAAUUGGAAGGAUAUCGCGCGAGAAGUUCCGAUGAUUUGUAUGCGUGGCAACGUGGCCAUCGGCCGGCUACCGUCACGCGCACAAAUGGCUCCGGCGACAGCAGUGUUGUCGAUAACGAAUUUGUGCUCCAUGAUGGUCCGCCGUAUGCCAAUGGCGCAGUCCAUAUGGGACAUGCGCUGAACAAGAUCUUGAAAGAUCUGAUGCUGCGAACUGAGCUCUUCCGUGGCAAGCGAGUGCACUAUCGUCCCGGCUGGGACUGCCAUGGCCUGCCAAUUGAGCUCAAAGCCCUCCAGCAGCCCACAUCGGAUGCGAGCAAGGCACCGAAGAGCAAAAGUGCACCGAAGAAGGAGGCCCAGGCCGCCAGCGAAGCUGCUAGCCGAAUGACUGCAUCCGAAAUUCGCAGUGCUGCAUCUAUGCUGGCUCGUCAGACUAUUGACGUGCAGAAGAAGAGCUUUCAAAGCUGGGGCGUCAUGGGCGAGUGGGACACGCCGUAUCAAACGAUGAGUAAAGACUUCGAGAUGCGGCAGCUAAGUGUCUUCAGAGAGAUGGUACGAAAAGGACUAAUCUCGCGACACCAUAGACCAGUACACUGGUCUCCUUCAUCACGAACCGCCCUGGCUGAGGCUGAAUUGGAGUACGACGAUAGCCACCGAACGACUGCGGCAUUCAUUUUGAUGCCGAUUGUUCGUGUGCCCGAUGUACUCAAAAAUGACAAUUCGGUCGACCGCACGAGGCUGAGCGCACUUAUCUGGACGACUACGCCUUGGACGAUGCCUGCAAACAAAGCGGUCGCGGUCAAGGAUGACAUCGACUACUGCUUGCUCGAAAUCGGCGACCAGCAGGGAGCUACGAACCAGAUGCUUGUGGCCUGCGAUCGCGUGGAGCACCUCCGAGGAUUCUUGCCGGACACGAAAAUCACUAUGAUCAAAGCCGCAAUUAAGGGGUCUGAUCUUGCAAACGGCAAUGGAACCUGCUUUAAUAUAUUCAGCGGCCAAGAAUCACCGAUCCUGCAUGCCGACUUCGUGACCGCAGCAUCGGGCACGGGAUUGGUGCACAUAGCCCCAGGGCAUGGCAUGGACGAUUAUCUGUUGUGUCAGAAGCAUGACAUAGGACCCGCGUUCGCCCCAAUAGACGACGGAGGCAAAUUUACCGCCGAUGUAUGGCCGACCGCAGAGAACGGAGAUCGCGAGCGGCUGCAAGGCUUGUUCGCACCUUCAAAAGGUGUAGAAGCUGUGCUUGGUGUCCUGCGGGACUGCACUUCGUAUCUGCCAGUGGGUCGACUGAGUCGAUGCCAUAAUCUUGUGCUCGCGUCGCAUAGCUUUACGCACAAGAAUCCCAUAGAUUGGCGCACAAAACAACCAGUGCUGACUCGUGCCACUGCUCAGUGGUUCGCAGAUGCAUCCGCCAUCAAGACCCGGGCACUUACUGCUCUGGACAACGUACGCUUCAUCCCGGAGAGCGGCAAAGCUCGGCUGCGCAGCUUCGUGGAAGGUCGCAGCCAAUGGUGCAUUUCGCGACAGCGCGCCUGGGGUGUUCCGAUCCCGGCAUUGUAUCACGUCGAUACUGGCGCAGCAUGCAUCACCGAAGACAGUAUCAACCACAUCAUCUCCACGAUCGACCAGCGAGGCUCUGACGCUUGGUUUUCGGAUCCGCUGGAUGACCCUGCCUGGCUCCAUGCGUCUCUCGAACCAGGAAAAUGGAUCAGAGGCAGAGAUACGAUGGACGUGUGGUUCGAUUCGGGCACCAGUUGGACUUUGCUUGCAGACAGAGGACCGGGCAUGCCAGUGAGCGACGUGUAUAGCGAAGGGUCUGAUCAGCAUCGCGGCUGGUUUCAGAGCAGCCUGCUCACCGCGGUCGCUCUCCAAAACUCAGAUGCGAACCCGGUUGCACCAUUCAAGACGCUAGCUACACACGGUUUCACUCUCGAUGGCGAGGGUAAGAAGAUGAGUAAGAGUCUCGGCAACGUCGUUGCGCCGGAAGAUGUCCUCUCAGGCGCAUUCCUGCAGACACCACGAGGAAAGAAGCACGGGAAGAGCCAGCAAAAGUCUUCAGCGCAGCAUGGUCAGAAGACGUCUCUAGGUCCAGACAUGCUGCGGCUGUGGGUGGCGUCCUCGGACUUCACAAGGGACGUUGCCAUAUCGCAGACGGUGCUGCAAAGCGUUCAGCAAGCGCUGCAGAAAUAUCGCGUCACUUUCAAAUUCCUGCUGGGGGUGCUCCACGACUACCCAUCACUCACGCCCGACAGUGCACUACUGCAUUCCGAGUUGGGAUUUUCAGAUCAAGUCGUUCUUGCGCGAUUGAGUGAGACGAGCCAGGCUGUUUUCGAUGCCUACGGCCAGUACAAGUUUCAUGCAGGCACGGCUGAGAUCAACAAAUUCAUCAACAACGAUCUCAGCGCCUUCUACUUCGAGAUUGUGAAGGACAGACUGUAUACUGGCAGCACACAGGUCCGGAGGCACACCCAAACCAUACUUGUAUAUGUGCUGCGCGAGCUCACGAGGAUGCUCGGCGCGGUCACGCCUCAUCUGAUUGAAGAGGUGCAAGCAUGGCUUCCCACGCAAAUGCAACCGCAACUUUCCCUGUUGGCGCAAACGUGGGAUGCAGCGUUCCAGCCGCAUGAAGUGAGCAAAAACUUCGAAGCAUACCAAGCGCAAGGCGAGGUACUGCUAAGCAUAUUCAAGGAGAUCAGUUCAGCGGUAAAGAUUGGCCAAGAGCGGGCAAGAGCUGCCAAAGUUCUCGGAAAUGGACUCGCGUGUCAAGUUGAGAUCAUUGCGCCCUCUGAAGUGCUAAAGAGGUCUGAUGGGUUUGCCGCGCUCCAGAGAGAGCUGCCCGCUAUGCUUGUGGUCAGCGAGGUUCGAUGGAAGGACUCGGAAGCAGCCAUGGUCACCAAACCACAAGACGACAGCAGUGCUUGGCGUUUCGAGCAGCCUUUUGAGAUCGUCGUCAACGGAGAGAAGGUGGUCGGCAUGGUUGCAGUGCUGCCACCAGAGCACGAAAAAUGUGUGAGGUGCUGGAAGUACGUGGCGGAGGAGAAGGAAGUGCCAUGCUCUGACUGCCGCCAAGUGCUGGUGGAUAGUCACCCAGAGCUGGUCGGUGCAGUGGAUGCCGUGUAGUAUAUGUGUAUAUGUAGAAUAGACCACCCAAUGGUGCAGAACGCAACUCAUCAUCAC